AUGGCGGAAUCGCAGGAGCCUUCAAUCGUAGCUGCGAAAUCAGAAAAGGGCCCGACCAACAACAAUGGAGUGCCAGACGAUUUUGCAAGAGGCGAUGGAGAGGAUAUUCUCGGUCUGGAGGAUCUUGAUCCCGUCCUGAAUAUGAAGAUGCAUCUCGUUAACAAUGCCAUUGACGAGAUUGGAUGGACCCCUUAUCACUCGAAGCUUUUUGUGUUGAAUGGCUUUGGCUAUGCGGUUGACUCGUUAGUUCUGCUCCUUCAGUCAGUCAUUGCAACUCCAGCCUUCACGGAAUUUGGGAAAGUAGGUUACUCGGCAGGGUUGACCGUUUCGGUAUAUGUUGGCAUGCUCAUCGGUGCUCUCUUCUGGGGUCUAAGUGCUGACAUGAUCGGACGACGAUGGGCAUUCAAUAUUUCGUUAUUUAUAUGCUCAGCUGCGGCCAUCGUAGCUGGUGCUGCUCCGAACUGGCCCUCGCUCGGGUUUUUCAUAGCAUUGGUUGGAUUCGGAGGUGGUGGUAACCUCAUCCUCGACACGACCGUCUUCUUGGAAUAUUUGCCAUCCCAUAAGCAAUGGGUGCUUACUUUUCUUGCUUCUUGGUGGGGACUGGGACAAGCGAUAACUGGUUUUGUCGCUUGGGGGUUUCUAGCGCCGGAGCAGUGGAAUUGUUCAUCCGUGGCCGAAUGCCCGCGCAAUUCCAACAUGGGCUGGCGAUACACGAUGUUUACGGCAGGCGCGCUGGUCCUUGUGAUGUCAGUGCUUCGCAUCACCAUCAUCCGCCUAAAGGAAACGCCAAAGUACCUCCUAGGUAAAGGGCAAGACGCGGCAUUGGUUGACUCAUUGCAAAGCAUUGCGCAUAGAUAUAACAGGCCGUGCUCUUUGACAGUCGAGAAGCUUGAAUCAUGCGGAAUUGUUCAGUCUGCCCAACAGGGAAGCGGAUUCUCUGCAGGGGGAGCACUGAUUCACUUCAAGGGCCUGUUCAGCGCCAGGCAGAUCGCAUUUUCGACAGUACUGAUCUGGUUAUCGUGGACACUGAUAGGAUUGGCGUAUCCUCUUUUUUACGUCUUCCUGAAUACUUACCUGGCAAGUCGGGGUGCAACGUCAGGUGUGAGCACAUAUGACACUUGGCGAAACUAUGCCUUGACCAACGUCUCGAGUAUUUUUGGUCCCAUGCUCGCCGGGUGGAUGUGUGACCAAAAGGUUCUCGGGCGGAAGUAUACCAUGGUUAUUGGAGCUCUUGUUACCAUGGCAUUCUUCUUUGCAUAUACGGCAGUCCACACACCAGCGCAGAACGUCGGGUUCAGCUGCGCCAUAGGCUUCUGUCUGAACAUUUACUAUGGUACGUUGUAUGCGUAUACAGCGGAAGUAUUGCCGUCGGCGCACCGCGCUACCGGCAAUGGAGUGGCAGUCGCAUGUAAUAGGAUUAUGGGAAUCAUCUCGGCUGUAGUUGGCACGACUUCAGAUACGACAACUUCUGUCCCGAUCUACGUAUGUGCGGCGUUAUUUAUAUGUAUGGCAAUCGUUAGUGCAGUAUUCCCGUUUGAGCCGUACGGGAAACGUAGUAGCUAG